ACCGCGGAUGCUUUCAUGGAGCAUUUAAUGACUCCCACAUUGCCUAUACAUGGAAGCAAUGCGACCAGUCUCCUUUCCAGGUUAAAAGUACUUGAGAUUCUUGGUCUAUCUUGCAGCGAUAGCUGUAUGACUAGGUGCUAUGAACAGCUGACGAAUCUCAAAACACUUAGGCUCAGUGCCUCGGCGGUGUAUUUCAACAAGAAGCUCUACAGAAAUCUUAUUCCCACCAACUCCAAUGAAGGAGUUUAUCUUCCUUCUCUCACUACUCUAAUCAUCGGUUUUGUUUCUGGGGUAGAAGUGCGGGAUAUGGUAGCGAGAAGAAGAGAUGCCGGGGUUCAGUUGAAGGUUGUGUAUAUGCCAUCCAAGGAUCAAAUGAAAGAAGAUGACACAAGUUGGUUGGUAGGAAACCUUCAUAAAUUUGGGAUUUUCAAACCUAUAUCCAUGCGAGAAAUAUAUGCAUGAUAACAUGAUAAACAAUAUAUAUAUUGGUCCGUUUGCUUAU